UCCAUCCCAUUUUCCCCAUCACAGUUCUUCAAUGUCUGUCCGGGCAAUAUACAGGAACCGUUCAAUCUUGAAAAUCCUGCUUUUACUUCUACUCCAAUUUGUGGCCAGAAGUAUCUAACAACUCCUCUGAGGAAACAGAUGACCUCUGUAGAGGACAAAGAAAAUAUUGGAUUUCGAACACCAACUAUAAGGAGGUCUUUGAGUACAACUCCCAGAACACCAACACCUUUUAAAAAUGCUCUAGCUGCCCAGGAGAAAAAAUAUGGUCCAUUAAAAGUUACAUCACAGCCUUUUGCUUAUCUCGAAGAAGAUAUUCGAGAGGUCCUCAAGCAAGAGACUGGAACAGAUAUCUUCAUUAAAGAUGAAGACGAUCCAAAUUAU